AUGUGCACAUGUGCUCAGUUGGAGGUCGCGCUCGCGUGCCACCUGCGAGUGGCCUCUCCGAAAGCAUCUCUUGGCCUGCCAGAGGUGCUCAUCGGACUGCUGCCGGGGGCCGGCGGCACCCAACGCCUCCCGCGCCUCGUCAAGGCCGAGAUGGCGCUGAGCAUGAUCACCACCGGAAAGAUGAUCCCGGCGGCAAAGGCGUUGGAGGCAGGCCUCGUGGACCACGCGGUGGGCGCAAGCGCUCCCGACCUCGUUGAAGCGGCGGUUUCGUUCGCAAGGAGGCGUUUGCCUCAGGUCGCAGGGGGUCUCGACGCUUUGCGUACCGGAGGCAGGCUGCUCAAGGACCCCGUGCCCGUGGUGCUUGCGCUCUGCGACGCCGCCGCCGCGAAGAUCGGUCCUCCCGUACGCGGUGCAGAGCCCAGGUGGUCAUGCGUCGAGGCCCUGAGGGCGGCGGCCGCUGGCGGCGGCUUGGCCACGGGGAUGGCGAGAGAGGGGGCGUUGUUCUCGACGCUGAUCCAGUCGCAGCAGUCUCGUGCUCGACGGCACCUCUUCCUGGCCGAGCGCGCGGCCUUCCGGAUCCCCCGCACCCUGGCCGCGCCCCCCAAGGUCCAAUCGGUCGGCGUUAUCGGCGCCGGCACCAUGGGGGCUGGCAUCGCCAUCGCAUUUUUGUUCGCGGGGUUCAAGGUCACCCUUGUCGAUGCCAAACAGGAGAACUUGGACAAGGGGCUCGCCUACCUGCAACGCGGGGUCCUCUCCGCCGCGAGACGAGGCAAGAUUUCGAAGAAGACUGCUGAAGCAACGAAGGCGCUUCUGAACCCGGCCCUGAGCAUCGACGCCACCAAGGACUGCGACAUGAUUGUAGAGGCCGUGUUUGAGAACAUGGGCCUGAAGAAGCGGAUCUUCAAGCAGCUCGACUCGGUGUGUAAGCCAUCCGCCAUCCUCUGCACCAACACCUCCACGCUAGACAUCGACCAGAUCGCAAGGGCAACCAACCGACCGUCGAGCGUGAUGGGGAUGCACUUCUUCUCUCCAGCGCACAUGAUGCCGCUGGUGGAGUGCGUGAGGGGGGCGGACACGUCGCCGCUUACCAUCGCCGUCGUCAUGGGGGCCACCAAACGCCUCAAGAAGGUUGGAGUGCUUGUCGGAAACUGUGACGGUUUUGUGGGGAACCGCAUGUUGAAGUGGUACACGGCGGAGACGGAGUUCAUGCUGGAAGAGGGGGCCUCUCCGGUUGAGGUGGACUGGGCGGUCAAGGCCUUUGGGAUGGGGAUGGGUCCGCUCGAGAUGUCGGAUGUGGCAGGAAACGACAUCUCCUACCUCAUCAAGAAGGAGAGGGGUCUUCUGGACCCGGCGAAGCGGAAUCCUCACGAGCGGUACUGCUCUCUGGGGGACAAGCUCGUGGAGGUUGGACGGUACGGACAGAAAACAGGCAAGGGCUGGUACGACUACGAGAAAGGGAGCCGCAAGCCGCUGCCGUCGCCGGAGGUUGCCGCUCUCAUCGAAGCGCAUCGAAAGGAGACCGGCAGGGCGGGAAAGCCGACGUACUGCUUCUUCCUGGACGUGAAAAUGGCAUACGAUACCGUAUGGAGAAAUGGGCUGUGGAAACAACUGUCCAAAUACGGGAUCAAGGGGAAAAUUUGGAGAGUGCUGAAGCAGAUGACAGAGUGUACGAAAAGCGCGGUCAUGCUAGACGGAGAACUGUCNCUGUUUGCGGAUGAUUUUGUCGGUAUGUCGGACACCCCUGAGGGACUGCAACUGCAAAUUGACGCGGCGAAGAAGUUGACUGAUAAGUGGAGAUUGUCUGCCAACGUUAAAACAAGUGCCGUCAUGGUAUGGAACGAGAACAAGGAGGAACCAGUAGAACAUAGAUGGAAGUGGGGGAUCGAGGAGAUUGCAGUAGUGGACCAGUACACAU